AUGGCAUCCCCAUCUUCAGUCAGUACUCGUCUCGAGGAAAACGAGUCGGACUGGCAAUAUGGACUUCGCUCAGCAAAGCGCCGAAGAAGGGCUUCUACCGCGGGGGCCUCAAGACCUUCACCCCGCGAAAUUGGAUUCAUGAGAGAACCUCAAAGCGAAGGCUCCGCCAGCUUUCUUGGCAGCUCCAGUGGAAUUCAUUUCAUCCGGCACGUCUACAACGCCUUUGCUCGGCGAUCGGCAGACCUGCAGCAGAAUCGAACUCGCGAUAAGAGCUCUGUCCCCGGCGAAGAUGACCGGUUACGACGAGGAGGCGAAAGCGCCCACGAAGUUGACGCCUUUUGGCUACCAGAGGAAUUGAACUUUGCUCCAACUGCCUUGUUCACUUUCGAGGACCUUGUCAAUUGGACGCGUCGAUAUUUCGAGAAUUGGCAUCCCUGUUUUCCGUGUCUUCAUGCGCCGACUGUUUUGCAAGCUAUGGAAAGACUUGCCCGUCAAGGGCCUGAGGCUAUUAGCCGCUUGGAUCUGAUCAUCAUCCGUUCUCUAAUCUCGAUUUCGCUCGGGGAUGAACGCCAAGCGAAAUCCACUGUAUCGGAGAAAGAGCCAAUUCCUGCAGUACUUGUCUUUCAAAAUGUUCAGCAUGUUAUGCAAGAAAUUCAAAGCCUGCUUGCAGAGCCAACAACCCUUCCCCUGCUUCAAGCAGCUUUUACGGCCCAGUUGGCUCUCACUUCACUUUUGCGGCUGAAUGCAGCCUCUCGUGUAGGAGGUGUCAUCACUCGCACGGCUUUCCAUUUGGGCCUGCACCGUUGCCCGGGUCGGUUUUCUUGUUUUAGCAACGAGGAAAUUGGCAUCCGAAGGCGCCUAUUCUGGUCUAUCUAUUCCCUGGAAAGAUAUCUCUCUCAGGCCCUCGGCAUUCCUCUUGGCAUACGAGACGAUGAUAUCGAUGUGUGCUAUCCAGACGCUGAAAGACAUGUCACGCCAAACCCUACAACACCUAAUGAUCCACGCCUACGUCUGCUCUGUCAUCUUGCCAAGUUUGCCAGGAUACGAGGUCUGAUACUGGAGCUUCGCAACAAAUCUAUCCUGCAUAGCCAUGCCGGCGCACUGGAAGCUUCCCAUGUCAACGGUGAACUUUCCCAGUGGUGGAACGAAGUCUACGACGAUGUCAAUCCGAUCGAGGAUUCUGCAGACCCCGAAUCAGAAGCAAGCGCCACGCUAACGCCGUAUCAUCGGUUAUUGUUGAUGAUCCUCAGACAUGAGGCAAUCAUUGCGAUGAAUCGGCCCCUACUUGCUGCAGAGAAGCCCAACCCUGAUUACAAACAUGCUCUGCAAACAUGUAUUGCUUCGUCCCGAUCCUUGCUAGCUGCAUUGAGGAAGUAUAUGUCUUCUGAAUCAUAUGUACCACUCACCUGGCCAUCGUUCACCUGGACGACAUGGAUGGCCUGUCUCAUCUUGAUGUACGCCUCGUGGGAGGGUGAAUUACCCGUCUCCACGGCAUUGAAGUACGCUAAAAUGGCUGUGCAUGUUUUGGAAAAUCUUGCAUUGCGUGGUAGUAGCUGGCCAGAAACGUGCAUUGAGGCAAUCAAGAGCAUGGAAUCGGCUCUGUCAACGAACAUACCCGGCAACAAUCCACAGGCGAUCCCUGCUGGCCCUCCCGGUUCAGCAGGAGGCGCAAAUAUCAAUCAGGUUUCCCAAGAGAGGAGUACUCCAACUGGUGAAAAUGGCCUCCUUGAUCGAAAUCAGAGGCGCCUUUCGAGUCGAGUAAACCCCACGUCGGUCCCGUAUGAUCAUUAUGAUUCGACCAUCUUUUCCACACCCAGGAAUCCUGGAAAUGAUAUCAACGACCCUUCAAAUGAUGAGCAAAUGCUAAAUGCGCAAAAUUCGGCUGGUCUGAUCUUUGGAAAUUUGGUCAACAAUACUGCACCCUUCUAUCCCGGGAUCGCAGGCCAGGACCCAUUACCUUUUUCAGACCCAUCCUCGCUGUUCAUGAAUGAUUUAUGGAGUGUGGCUGAUGGUCCGUGGAUGAUUCAUGGGAACUUUCUGUAA